UAUGGCUCUCCUCCGGCCUCGUGGGGGCGCUGCAUUUUCCAUCUGUGUUUUCGCUCUUCCGGCUUUGGGAAGAGGAGGCAACAUGGCGAACGCAUACAAAAUGACCAAUCGAGACAUCCAGCAGCUAAUUCUUCUCAGAGCCAGUAAUGCUGCCAUUUUUACCGGGAGAAAGAACUCUGCGAUGAGAGGAUGGAGAGCAAUAAAAAGAGAGUUGGGACUUCAGGGGUUGAUGUCGGCUCGUCAGCUCAAGAAGAAAUGGGACAACCUGAACCAAAAGUACAAGGUGAUUAAAAACCCUUCUGAAGGUGAGCAGCCAAAGAACCCCGCAGCUUGGCCCUGGUUUUAUCUGAUGGACGAUGCACUGAAUGGCCGAUUGGACAACGCCGCUAAGGUCAUCGAACUUCUCCCCAUUGACGACGAAAAACACGAAGCAGACUUUCCCUACCGCCCCUCCUCUGACUCGGAAGAUGUAAUCAGCGCUUUAAACGUGGUUGAAAUGGCUCCAAUUGAAAGCGAGGAAGACAUUGAGAUGAUUGACAAAAGCGGCAACUAUGAAGAAAGCACCAAAAAACCCAACGAAAUUGCAUUGCAAGCUCCGAAAAUUACUGUUAAAACGCUGGAAAGUGUGCCAACCAUGCCCAAACAUACUAUGACACCAAUAGAACCAAAUACAAAACCAAGUACGCAACCUUCAUUGCUAUACGCAACUCUUUUACCAGAUUCUACUGCUUCAGUUGCAAGCAAAGUUCCAACCACCUCUACCCAAAGUAUCGUCAUGCAAGCUAAAACUGUCGACAACACUAGCACACAAAAUGUCCAGCCAAGAACAGUGCUUUACGCAACUUUGUUACCGGAUUCUACCGCUACUACUUCUAACAGCGCUACUACUUCUAACAGCACUACUAGAAAUUGCCUUGCAUCAAAUCGGAAUAUCGCUUUGGAAGUUGUAGAGUUGAACAAAAAGUUCUUGGAAUAUAAAAGGGAGAAAAAAGCACUUGAAAAAGAACAAGCCGAGUUUGACAAAGAGUUGAUCAAUUUGGAAAGGGAGAGAGAGCAGUUGAACAAAGAAAGGCAGGCACUGGAUUUGAAGAAAAUUGAAAAUGAGCGCGAUAGGGCAGUGCUAGACAAAAACAGGGCCGAUUUGGAGAGAGAGAAGGCUGGAGUGGAGAGGGAUAAGGUAUUGCUGGAUCGUGAUCGGGCUUACCUAGACCGAGACAGAGCAAUUUUUGAAAGAGAUAAGAUUUUUCUUGACAAAGCAAAAGAGGAUUUCGAAAAACAAAAAGAAACAUUCAGGAAUCAAAUGGCAACAUCUGCGUCCGAGGUUGAACAGGAGAGAAAAUGUGGAGCUACAACAGAGGAAGAGGAACAAAUGGAUGGCUCCGAAAAAUACAACAAUUUAACAGACAAAGUUUUACAAAUAUUGACAGCAGAUGCAGACCAAGAAGAAACAAGGCAUAGGUUUGCAACUUUAGUUAAAAAACUAUCAGAAAAGCUGUAAAAAUGUAAAAAAAAAAAAAAAAAAAAAAGAAAAAAGUUAAAAUGUAGCUGUUGCACUUUAGAAUAGCUCACUCUAUAAACUGAAAGAAUAAUAACCAGUUCAGGGCUGCAAUGAUGAAUCGACUAAUCUGCAGUAGUUAACUAAAAAAAUU